GAACUAAUGGCUAUAUUUUUAUUACUAUUUUUGAUUGCAUACGUGCAUUCGAAACGAUUACCCGACAUCUAUUGGAAUAGCACAAAUCCGAUAUUCGAUAUCAGCAAUACGGACCAUGUGAUGCCAGUAAACAUUGGGGAUCGGGUGUCUUUACUGUGUCCACGGCCAGGACCGGAUUACGAAUAUUCAAAUAUUUAUGCGGUAUCAGAAGAGGAGUACACCCAUUGCUUUCUUCAGAAUCCUCAUUUAGUUGGGACAUGCAACAAUAACACGCAGGAGGUAACCAUUACAGUCGUCUUCCGACAGUUUACGCCUACGCCGGGUGGCAUGGAGUUCGAACCGGGGAAAACGUAUCAUUUCAUAACAACUUCCGAUGGUACUCUGACUGGCAUCGAUAGGAGAAAAGAUGGUUUAUGUACGGAACGUCAAAUGAAGGUUAAAUUCGAGGUUCAACUUCCCAAAAAUGAGAUGCAACCUCACGUAAAUCCAAAGUUUGCCGCUAGGACUUCUCAAAUUGAACAACCGGAAUUAGCACAACAGGAAGCAUCUACGCCAUUAAUGUACAUAAUCCAUGUUGGCGGUGAAAAUUCCGAUGAAUUGGAUGACGACUCUGCCACAACUGCCUUCACAUCUUCAAUUCUUCUACUAACGCUACUACUAUUCUACCUCAACUGA